UUUUUGCUGCUACUACUACCACCCCAGGUUUUUGUUAUAUGUCAGGAUACUGGGGUCCAUCCCACCCCAGUUAUAUAGUUUUGUACUAUAUUGCUUAUCCCAAUUCCCUUAGUAAGUGUUAAAUUUUUUGACGAUUCAUUUCUGGAUAUAGUCUGUCAGUGGACAAACAAGAAGAUGGAGAUUGUAGCCAGUAAGUACAAGAAGAAAACAUCAACACAUAAAAAUGUGGAACGGGAGGAGCUAAGAGCAUUCAUUGGGGUGCUAAUAUUUUCGGGAUGCCAAAAGGAUAGCCAUAUGUCAACCUGUGACAUGUGGUCUGUUGACAUCGGUGCGGCACUUUACCGUGCUGCUAUGUUGCAGGCUCGUUUUGAGUUUAUACUUGGCUGUUUACGCUUUGAUGACCCACAGACAAGAGAGAUGAGAAGAGAAACUGACAGAUUUGCACCUAUCCGGGAACUAUUUGAUAAAUUUAUGGAGAAGUGUGAAAGGCACUAUACACCCAGUGAGAAUCUGUGUGUUGAUGAACAGUUGGUAGGAUUUCGUAGAAAAUGUUCAUUCAGGAUGUAUAUCCCAAGUAAGCCAGCCAAGUAUGGCAUAAAGUUGGUUAACAUAAAUGAUUGCAAGAGUAAAUACCUGCUAGGAAGUAUCCCGUACCUCGGAAAGAAUAAUAUACGGCCCUCAGCUGGAGUAGGACUGGGCCAUUAUUAUACUAAGGAGCUCACAAAGCUAUACCACAUGACAAACAGAAAUGUGACCACAGAUAAUUGGUUCACCUCCGUAGGACUUGUCGCUGAUCUUCUGCAAAACUGUGGAAUGACCUUGGUUGGAACGGUGAAGGCAAACAAGCGAGAACUACCAGAGAAGAUAAAGACCAAAGAUAAUCGUGAACCUGGAUCAAGUGCCUUUCUCUUCACAAAAGAGAUGACCCUGGUUUCAUAUGUGCCUCCAGUAGGAAAGACGGCUAAGAAGUUAGUCCUCUUGCUCUCAUCUAUGCAUAGCCAGCCAGUCCUGCAAGAGAACGGAAAACCUGAGAUUAUAGAAUUUUAUAACCGCACCAAAGGAGGAGUUGAUGCAUUUGAUGGAAUGUGUGCCCUGUACUCUUGCAACAGGAAAACUAAAAGAUGGCCACUUUGUAUCUUUUACUGGAUAGUGAAUGCUGCUAUUAUCAAUGCAAAGGUACUGUACACAGCACACCUAGAGACGACAGGAGUUACCAAGUUUCCAGAACGACGUCGCUUCAUGCUACGUCUUGCAAGAUCAUUCAUACGGCCAUGGGCUGAGAAGAGGUUGUCGAGUGCCACUCUCCCACGGAACCUAAGAACAUUGAUAACUACUGUCUGCAAUACUUCAUCAGUAGUCACACAGUACCCAACUGGCCAAGUACUUGCCCAAUGUAACUACCCUCAGGUACGCUGUGCUGAGUGCACCCCCGCUCUCAAGACCGGAAGACACGCAUCAGGUGCCUGAAAUGUCAACGACCUGUGUGCAAAUCCCACUUGUACCCUACAUGUACAAGCUGUCUUGAGCUUGUGUGAGAUGUGGUGCCAGAAUGCUGAGGGCUGCUGAGGGGAUGGAAGAAGGAUUCAUUUCACCAUGGCAGGAAGCCCGUUUCUCUAAAGAAAUUUUUUUUUUUUUUUUUUAUAUAA